GGCACUGCAGACGUCACAACGCAUAAACUAUACAUCUUGGACCUGGGGCGAGAAGGUUCACCUGAGAGUACACUUGACGGAGGCCGCGAGCUGCUGACCUACGUGCACAUACGCCGUCACUUCGACGGCAGCCUCGGCGCCAUUCUCGCCGUCUCUAUGGAAGCUGUCCUCAGAACACGGUGCCUAACGUUCAGAUGA